CGUGAUCCAAUAUAUCACGUCAACGGUGGGGCCGUCAAACGAAACAUGGCGACCAUUAGGUUAUUGCUAUGAGUACUGGCUGGUUUUCUAUCGUUAAAUGUGGAAUCAUCGUGCGUUGUGCGGGCUGACGCGAAGCGUCGUGUCCUCGGGGAGGCAAACACGUCGCUUUCAACUCCACACAACCCGAGUACACUGCUCCUAAUGCCGAUUCAAUGAAAAGAAUCGGUUUCGUCAACAGUGGCUUGUGGGUAUACACACCCCGACGCGAGACUCCAAAGUGGUUUUAUGGCAUAUCGAGCUUUUUUCUACUCUUCUGAAAUUUCAAUCGCAAUGCUCCUGGCAGGAGUGUGAUUCGCGUAGAAAAAUCAGAAAUUCUGCGCCGCGUUGUUGUCGGACUCGCGAAUCAAAAUGCCGGUCAUGAUUAAAGUGUUUUUAUGCAUGGGGUGUUAGUGGUGGCGAUCACCUCCUCUCACCCCACAUUUUUCUUGUAAAAUCUGUGUGUAUAUUUAAAUUAUUACCGAAAAAUGAAAGAACUGUUUCACGUUUGUGAAUUGUUCAUGAUUUUUAGAGAUAUGUAGAAAACAAAUGUGAAAUGUGUAAAGAUGUGUGUAGUGUUGGGAAAAUAAUACAAGGUGGAUAUAGACUUCUUAUACAUGUUUAUUCAGUUUUCUUCGAAGAGAACUAAUAAUACAUCAGAAGUGUUUUGUAUUAUUUGUGGUUUGACUGGUAAAUAUUGCACAAGGAUUGUAAGACAAAAAGCUGUAAUUUCCAGAAAGGGAAAGAUUACGAAGAGUGUAAGGCCAUAUGCCGCCAGCCGGGCUAUCGGCGAGGGGCUUGUCUACCUUGAUGGACCACGGACAACCAGAUGCUCGUCAUCGGAGCGAGCGGUUUCUACUUCACCCAGAGAAUGGCUCCUCUAAUUCUCAUAGCGCUAACACAGCCAAUUCGUCUCCAAGAUAUCAACAUAAUAGUAGAACAAAUAAUCAUUCCACGAGUUACGGAUAUUUGUAUGGACGCUCAUCCAGCAACAAUAUGUCUGAUAGUAGUGUUUCUGAUACGCAUAGUGGUGGUACUGCAAGAACUGUUUCUCAACAGACUAGUCCAUCUCAUGGUACACAUUCCUCUUCCCAAUCGAGACAAGAUAAUAGUUCAACCAUUUUUACGGCAUUAUUUGAUUAUGUUGCCCAAGGCGAGGAUGAAUUAUCUUUACAAAGAGGUGAAACGGUUGAGGUUCUAUCUAAGGAUUCAAAAAUCUCAGGUGAUGAAGGGUGGUGGACUGGAAAAAUCCAUGGGAAAGUUGGUAUUUUUCCAGCCAAUUUUGUUGCAGAAGCAGAUAGCAUUGAUCGAGUUUCAUCGGUGAUUGAUAAAGUUCAACCGGUUGAAAUUGAUUUUGAAGAAUUACAAUUAGAAGAAGUAAUAGGAGUUGGUGGAUUUGGGAAAGUUUAUAGAGGAUUCUGGCAAAAGCAUGAAGUAGCUGUGAAAGCAGCUCGCCAGGAUCCAGAUGAAGAGCCAAGCGUAACAUUAGAAAAUGUUCGACAAGAAGCAAAAUUAUUUUGGUUACUAAAACAUGAGAAUAUUGUGCAAUUAGAGGGAGUUUGUUUAAAAAUGCCAAAUAUGUGUCUUGUAAUGGAAUACGCACGAGGUGGUAGUUUGAACAGGGUUCUUAGCGGUAGAAAAAUCAGGCCUGAUGUACUUGUUGAUUGGGCAAUACAAAUUGCUCGUGGCAUGGACUACCUUCACAAUAAAGCUCCUAUAAGUCUUAUUCACAGGGACCUAAAAAGUUCUAAUGUGUUGUUGAGUGAACCUAUAGAAAAUGAUGAUCUACAAUAUAAAACUUUAAAAAUAACUGACUUUGGAUUGGCAAGGGAAGUUUAUAAGACAACUCGAAUGUCAGCAGCAGGCACAUAUGCUUGGAUGGCACCAGAGGUUAUUAAAAAGAGUACUUUCAGUAAAGCCAGUGAUGUUUGGAGUUAUGGAGUGCUCUUAUGGGAACUUUUAACUGGUGAAACUCCUUACAAAGGAAUAGAUGCUUUAGCAGUGGCAUAUGGCGUUGCCGUUAAUAAACUUACAUUGCCUAUUCCAUCGACUUGUCCUCAACCUUGGAGGUUUUUAAUGGAAGCAUGUUGGGCUUCCGAUAGUCAUUCAAGACCAGGAUUUGCCGAAAUUCUAGUAGCAUUGGAUGAAGUACGUAGUGCAUUUGCAGCAACACCGCAUGAAUCGUUUCACACGAUGCAAGAAGAUUGGAGACUUGAAAUCGAACAAGUUCUUCAUGGAUUGCGCAUGAAGGAAAAGGAAUUGCGCUGUAGAGAAGAAGAAUUAACAAAAGCACAAGUACAACAACGACAACACGAAGAAAAUUUGAGACAGCGAGAACAAGAAUUAGCUGCCCGAGAAAUAGACUUAUUAGAGCGUGAACUUACAGUAAUGAUAAUUCAGCAACAAAAUACUCCUACGCCAAACAAGAGGCGUGGAAAAUUCAAGAAAUCGAGAUUAAAAUUGAAUAAGAAAGAACCGGGGAGUAAUAUAAGUGCUCCAUCCGAUUUUCGCCAUACAAUAACGGUUCAACACACAGCGUUGGAUCGAGGAAAAGUGCGAAAUCCAUCGAGACCUAACAGUCCUCCAGGCUCGCCUAGCAUUCCAAGAUUACGUGCGAUAGCAUUACCAGCAGAUGGAGUGAAGGGUAAGACUUGGGGACCGUCAACACUCCACCAACGCGAGCGUGGGGCUAUUAUCACACAGCCACCAAAUCCUGCAUCACCAGGUGGCAAGCGGUGGUCUCGUUCUGCUCCAGAUCUUGAAAAGACACCUCUGCGUACCGCCCUGUUGGCACAUCGCUCCCCGCUUCUUCAAGAAAUAGAUUAUCCGGCUUUACCACCUGAUCUAUCAACUGACUGGGUAACAUCGGAUUACCCUUUGAAACCUGGAUUAACUGGACCUUACAUCAUGCCAAUGCCUGUUCCAAUGCCAACUCUUUAUAAUGGAGAAACGAAGAAACCAAAGUUAAGCAUAAUAGAGCUGGUUUUAUACAAUAUCGCGGCUAUGUUAGCUGGAGUAGCUACUGGAUAUGAUGUAAGAAUGUCAAACAUAUCUCCAAUUCAUCCAAGAUUGUAUCCGCGGCUCGGUGAAUGUGAAGAUGAACCUCCUCGAUGGUGGUUUCAAGCAGACACUGGAUCAAAUCGUAAUUCUGGUCAUCUUGGACCUGAUUACGAAUUUAGUUCAAGUAGUGGGUAUCCUCAUAACACGUAUCAUGGACCAGCAAGACAUUAUAGGCCAUUUUUGAGUAACAUGGGUGGUAUAGCACCUGGUCUUCCACCCAGUGUUAUGCCCGACAAACCCCUGAGAUUUACGGACUCACCUCAACAUUAUGCAAGCAGUACAAGCUCUAAUGCACCAACCCCAAGCCCUAGGAGGAAGAGUAGUAGUACUAGUAAUGAAGAUGUGUACACACACGAUACAGGAAGGGUUGAUAGAAUGGAAAGAGUACCAACGAUAUACAUGGGCAACGUUGCACCUUUUCCAGACUAUGGACCUCCUGUGUACACCGUUGUUCCACCAGAAUAUUAUAGACCACCAGAACCAACGUAUUUUGUACCUACAGAUUAUCAUGAUAGAAUGCUUGAAUGUUCUGAAUUUCCACAUGCUUAUGAUAAUCCGAGCAGUAUGAAUAGUCCAGCUCGGCCAGUGUCAAGGCUUCCUUCAUAUACCCACCAUCGUACUUCAUCAAAUGUUUCAAACGCAAGCACGUCGAGUCAGAGUAAUAUUAAUCCAACGUUUCGUUUGGAAGACGAGGAUGACUAUUCCUUGUAUUCACCUGGACAUUAUUAUCAACGAUCUUCAGCUAUUAUUUCCAAUGUAGGAACAUAUAGUCCAAGUAUGCUUAACCACGAUUAUGGUUCACAAUUGUUGACGCGACAGAAUUCACAUGAUUCAAAUUCAAAUUCUGGAGAAAGACCGAGUAACUUGGAAGUGGUAAAUCGAUUACGAUCAAGCUUGAAACGUUCUAAUUAUUCGUACAAUUCUCCAAAUAAAAGUGUGAGCAAAAACAAUUCAGGUUCGGGUACUCCAACAAAUCCUACUCCGCCAGAUUCUCUGACGUCUGAGGACUCUAGUUACGUUUCGGCUAAAGACAGUCAGAUUUCUAUAAGUAGGGUUCGAUUUUCUCCGGUAACUUUUGAUAGAGACGGAGUUUCACGUGAACAUAGAGAAACGUUACUCGAUAUACCUGUGCAUGGUCAAAAUCAAGAUGCUACUGUUCCGUUACAAGUUAAUCGACGAUUGAACAGAAGUAGGAAACCAAGUAUUUCUGAAUUAGAAAGAGAAUUUUUGUCAUAGCAUUGGCUUAUUUAAAAUCCUGAAUAUAAUGUAAAAGUUACGCUCUAAAAAGUUUGGUCAAUCCUGAAAGUAACAUUCAAUUACAACAGUACGAGUUGAAAGAGUACAUAAUGCAGCAGAAGUUUAUUGAAUCAUUAUAACUAGAAAAUACAGCGAUGCACGUUGUCGAAGCACUGCCUCCUGCAAAAGAUUUUAUCGUGUAUUAAUGCAGGUCAUUGAGUACAGUAAGAGUUUAACAUUCCAUAUAUAUAUAAUACUGAGAUAUCCUUAUAAAAGACUCUUAUAUUCGAUUAGACUGUUUUUAAUUUGGUAAAGAACUGGUAUGUACGUUUUGUAGAAAUACUAUGAAUGCCAGAACUACAUCGUAUAUCCACCAUUAUGAAACGUUAUUUAAAUUCUACUUUAUGUAUUACAAAUAUUUUAUUCGUACAUUCCGCACAUUAUGCAUCUGCUGUUAGCAUCGAGCAUGUAAAAAUGCUAUAUAUUUCUAUUGUUCUCGACUAAAACAUUUGAGAAAAAGAAAUAUUUUAAUUUUUAAUGUUCUCAGAGAAAUCGUAUAUAAU